CGCUAGAGCCUGUAGUUACUGGGGCUACUGUCUCUAGCUGUAUCUCUGUUUCUUUCUCUCUAUGGUUCUCUGGCUGAAAGAGAGCUGUCUUUACCCUGUACUGUGAGGGUGUGGAGGGAUAGACAGUGUGUUAUUCCUCGUUCCUCUCCCAUCUCCUGAUGUCUAACCGGACUGACUGACCGUCUGCUGCUCAAUGCUCUCUCCUAGAUGGAUGAAUGGAUAGAUGUACACGGUUCUAGCCUGUCUGUCUAACACCUUCAUUGACUGGCUGACUACAGAAGAGGAAGGAGGAGGGACACCGCAAACAUCAAUUCAGCAGGUGGCUGCCAAGCCUCUCCACGCUGUAGGAGAUUACUAAGAGGAAGACUUCAGACUCACUGAGGAGAACACAAAGAGAAGGAGGGAUACAGACAGAAAAGAGAGAAAGGAAACUGCAAGCCAAAAUGAUCUGAGUGGACCAGCUGGACAGCCAGUGAGCCAGAUCCAGCUGGAGGAGACUGGAACCAUUCACACAUACAUAACGAGCUGUGAUUUGGAGAUGAAUGGGAUGGCGGGAGGUAGAGGACCUGUGAGUUCACCCAACGACAUCAACUCCAACAGCUCCACCAUGGUAUCAGACCUAUCCUCCCCUGAAUCCCAGACCCAGUCCCAGCCCUUCACACCCCGGGCAUCUCGUACUCCAAGGAAAGUUGCUACAUUUGGGAAACGUUCUAACUCCAUGCGGAGGAACCCUAAAGCGGAGGUGACCAAACAGGGCUGGCUGUACAAACAGGCCAGCAGUGGAGUGAAACAGUGGAACAAGAGAUGGUUCGUCCUCACUGACCGAUGCCUCUUUUACUACAAAGACGAGAAGGAGGAAGGAGUGUUGGGAAGUCUUCCUCUGCUCAGCUUUGGGAUUGGAGGAGUGCAGACGUCGGAUAACAUCAGCCGAAAACACGCCUUUAAGGUUUGGUACGAGGAAGAGGAGGAAGGUGAGAUUAAGGGCCACAUUGUGUUCUGUAUGCAGGCUGAACACGCAGGAACACGCACAUACUACUUCAGCGCUGAGACUGCUGAGGAACAGGAGGAGUGGGUCGACGCCAUGAACGAGGCAGUCCACAUACUCCCUUCAUGGAGGACCACCAACUCAGAGGCCACCACACCCACAGCGGAACUCCAUGGUAACACCUUGGUAACCAAAGGACCUGAACCACACACCCAGACACACACAUACAUCGAGGACAACAGCCAGACGACGGAAUUCCAAGUCCCAGAACCCGGACCACGAAAACCCACCCAUCACAAGGUCAACGGGGUCGAUGCCAUGGAAACGCCCCUUCCCUCCACCAGCAACUCAGAGCAGGAGGGGAGGAUGGAGGGCGAGAGGACAGGAGGGCCUGGACCUGGGGGUGCACACCAUCCUCAUCACCAACCCAAUGGGUUUGGCCCCUACGGUCCCCCAAACGGACCCCCCCAGGGUAACGGGCGGCCGCUCCAGGGACCUCCAGAGGGAGGGAUGACAGAGGUGAGGGAGGUGAGGGAGCAGCCUGAGAAUGUGGUGCUGAGACGGGGCUUUGUGCCACGGACGAACCCUGAGAGACAGGCCCAGAGGAAGAGCUCCAUGACCCAGCUACAGCAGUGGGUCAACCAGCGCAGAGUCAUGGCUGUACAGGAGGACAUGAACAGUACCUCCCGUUACUACACAGUGAACCGGGGUGUUCCAGCUGACUACUACAGCGUCUACGGUAGCGUGGUGGGUGGUCCGGGCUACGUGGAGCAGUACCCCCUCUACCCCUUGGGCGUACGCCCUGACAGCAUCUGCUCUGUGUCAGCCGUGGGCUACGACCGCCUGGGCCCCCCUCGCUGGACCAACGAGGACAAGAGAUGCUCACUACGGGACGGACCCCCGCCCCCUCGAGACCCAUACGGUCCCCCACCCGGCCCUGCCUAUUACAACCAGAUGGAUGUAGCCCAGACCUCCAUGAGGCGUCUCUCCAUUCAGCCCAGGUCUAGGUCUGUCCCCAGGUCCCCCUCCCCAUCCUCGGGUGGUCCCUGCUCACCCGGCCCUCAUAGCUUUGCCUCGCCCAUCCGCUCACCCUCGGCCCGGUUUGACAGAGGACCAAGCAGGCUACAGGAGGAUGUGAUCUACGCUGACCCCUCUGUGUACGGACUGAGGAGAUCACUAAGCUCACCCAAGUAUGAUUACCCUGGAGACAGGAGGUCGCUAAGCCAAGGAAUGUACCACUACAACUACCCUGCCUCCCCCUCUCUCCACAGCAAAAUGGUGCCUCCAUUCCAUGACCCCUACAGGGAGCUGCACCCUACACUGAAACUCAACGAGAUGGAGACCAGCAAACUUCUGGGUCGUCUGUGUGAGCAGAACAGGAUUCUAAAGGACCAGGAAGCAGUGGUCCACAGGCUGAGGAUGGACAAGGACAGCCUAGAGGGUGCGCUGGUGGCCACACACCAGGAGAUAGAGCUGUACCGGGGUCAGCUGCUGGCUGCAGACAAAUUACAGCUGAAGAAGGAGACACUGCAGAACCAGCUCAUCAACAUCAGAGGAGAACUCUCCCAGGCAUCCAGCGUUCUGACCACCAGUCGGAUGGAGUUUGAAGCUUUGGAGGACGAGGUCAAUGCUAUCCAUGGAGACCUGUGGGAACAGCUCAACACAGGCGGGCAGAGUGAGAUGAUCCACAGACACAUUCAGAAGGAGUUCUGGAGGGUUCAAGAUGUGUUGGAGGGACUCCACAAGAGCAACCUUUCCAGAGGCACAGACACAGCCAAACACCGGGUGGCCAGUGGAGCAUCAGGUUCUUUUAGCACCAAUAGUCCUGACAGUCCCAUGAGCUCAAUAAGCCUCACCAGUCCACUCAGUCCCUUCUCCCCAGUGCCCUGUUCACAGGCCUCCCCCUCCAAACAACUGGGUCCGGAGGACAUUGGCCCGCCACGGCCACCACUUCCCAAAUCCUACUACCCCCUGGAGUCGCUCCCCUCCCUUCCCCCCUCCCUCCUCCCUCUGCCCUUCGACAGCUCCACCUGGCUACGCGGCCUGGGCCUGGAUGACGGUUACCUUGACGAUGAAGAGUCCCGCGGCAGAAAGCACAAGUACGGUUAUCGACAGGACAUGUCACCGGAAGAAUGGACUAAUAACAACGAAGCUCAGGAGCUGGAUCAGGAUCGACAGGCCAACAUGAAUAAAGUGGGGAUCGUUCCUCCCCGGACUAAGUCUCCCCUGGAGGACCAGGGCCAAUCCUACGACCAUGGAAUCUCCCAACGCAACUGCAAGGUGCCUAAUGGAAUCUCCAGGGAGCGUCCGAAGAGUGCGGUGUUCCCGGCGGAGGUGAAGUCCAAGAUGAGCGUUGAGGAGCAAAACAAGCGUAUCCGUAGGAACCAGAGCAGCUCCGUCAGGGACAAGAGACGCAGCCUGAACCUGGGUAGCCAGGCUGGUACCAAUUACAGAGUGGUGAGGCGGAGGCUGACAACCCAUGAGGUGGACAUCAAGGACCUGGAGGCUGCAGUACGGGGCGAGGGGGUACAAGAGUCACCCCGGGAGGAGAUUGCUCGCCUCAGACGGAUACAGAUGGAACCUGACCAGUACAACCUGGACAUCAGCAAAGAGCUGUGUACUCCAGACAAGGUUCUGAUUCCGGAGCGUUACCUGGACGUGGACACUCCUCUCAGCCCAGAGGAGCAAAAGGAGAAACAGAAGAAAGUAGAGAGGAUCAAGACGCUCAUUGCCAAAUCAAAUCUCCAGAACGUGGUUCCCCUAUUGGACGGUCCUACUGAGGGGGUUGGUUCCCACCACCAGGGUAACCCAGAGCAGCAGCUCCAGGACCAGGAGAAGAGGAUUGAGAUCUCCUGUGCCCUGGCCACCGAGGCCUCGCGACGCUCCCGUCUGCUCUCCGCCCAGUGCGCCCCCAGCCCCCUCACCUCCCCGACCAGCCUGGCCCCUCCCCCCUCCUCCACUGGUUUCUCCGACUCCGCCCACAUCAUGAAGGUGUGAGUCUGUGAAGCUCAAGCUCUGUCUGCCGUUAGGUUUGAUGGAGCAUCCUUCUGAGGAUCCACUGGAAUAUAAAGAAUAAGCCCAAAGAAACUGGUUUUGUUUAGUCUCUGACCACACGCCCGCCGGUGUAUAAACCCAACGACUUCCACAACAACACAACAGGAAAAAGGAAGCUGUCACAGGAAGUCUGGAAAGUUGGCCACCUGAGGACGUCUUCAAGCCAAACAGACUAAUGAUUGAGAAACUUAAACUUAAUGUGCACACCUCUCACCCACCCCAGGGGCUGCUAUAAGAGCAAUCCCCACUCUCCCUCUUUCAAUUACCACACUUACACUCUUCCUCUCAGCCUAGGCCUGGUAGAAAAGAGCUUCUCUAUGAGGGCAGGAAAAGCAAACAAAUCACAAUGUUGUAAUUUUCACAAUUUUCAGUGUACACAAUUUUUGAAGCUACUAAACUAGCCAUAGAGCAUGGGGUGUAUACAGUACAUUACUCUAACAUGGUCUCCUCCAUGCUAAACAGACAGUGAGACAGUUCAUGAGGGCACUUGUUGUAUGUGAUGCACAGAUCUCAGUUAAGAUCUCAGUUAAGAUGAUUAGGGAAGAGGACUGGCUGAGCUGGACUUUAGGAAGAAUGGAGGAAUGUUUUUAUUGGUGCAGAGAGUAGUAGAACAAAUCAGAGACUGAUGUGUUUAGUGUAACAGAAAAAGGUCAUAGAGGAGAAGGAGGUGAACGGAGGGUGGUUCAAGAACCAUAAAGAGAUAAAAGUAGUAACAGUAACAGAACGGUACCAGAACAGAAUACGGCAUCUUAAGAGCAAUGUGGUCUUCUCUCUAUUUGACCCCUGGGUCAUAUAGUCUUGUUUAUGAUUGGCCCCUGGGUCAUUGUCUCUAACUCAGUUAAACAGCCCUUGACCCUCAGAGGCUAUUAGUGGGAGAGCUGUACUGCAUGCAAGCACAGUGUCGCACAGUAAACACACACACCCUUCUUUCCCACCUCAAUCCACUGGUGUCAGGGCAUGGGUGUAUAGCAGUGCUUGAUGUGCCCCCCCCCCCCCCCUCUCUAUUCCUUUCCAACCCUCUCAUCCCUGGUGAGGAACACACCUGUUGAACACUUACCUGACCCACUGUGCCUGCCUCCCAGCCCCUUCUGCAGGCUUGGCUAUCCCCUUCGGUUCCCUCUUCUGCCUACACCCCGAGCUGGUUGGAACAUCUAUGUGUAUGUGUGUGACUGUCUACAGGAAGACCCAUUCUGACUCUGAUAACUGUGAAUCUAGAUGUAAGUAAAGCCCAAACACCUUUAGCAAUAAAGCCACUGUCUUCUCUUACUCCUCUCACUGCUAGGACCUUUCUUCAGUGGUACAGUACGUCAAUAGCUAAAUGUCUGGUUACAAUCCAUGCAUACAGUACCAGUCAAAAGUUUGGACACACUUACUCAUCCCAGGGUUUUUCUUUAUUUUUACAAUUUUCUACAUUGUAGAAUAAUAGAGAAGACAUCAAAACUAUGAAAUAACACACAUGGAAUCAUGUAGUAACCAAAAAAGAGUUAAACAAAUCAAAAUAUGUUUUAUAUUUGAGAUUCUUCAAAAUAGCCAACCUUUGCCUUGUUGACAGCUUUGCACACUCUUGGCAUUCUCUCAACCAGCUUCAUGAGGUAAUCACCUGGAAUGCAUUUCAAUUAACAGGUUUGCCUUUUUAAAAGUUAAUUUGUGGAAUUUCUUUCCUUCUCAAUGCGUUUGAGCCAAAGUUGUGUUGUGACAAGGUAGAGUUGGAAUAUAGAAGAUAGCCCUAUUUGGUAAAAGACCAAGUCUACACCUCAAAAGAUCAAUGACAGGCCAUCAUUACUUUAAGACAUGAAGGUCAGUCAAUCCGGAAAAUGUUAAGAACUUUGAAGUUUCUUCAAGUUGCAAAAAUCAUCAAGCACUAUGAUAAAACUGUCUCUAAUGAAGAUUGUCACAGGAAAGGAAGACCCAGAGUUACCUCUGCUGCAGAGCAUAAGUUCAUUAGAGUUACCAGCCUCAGAAAUUGCAGCUCAAAUAAAUGCUUCACAGUGUUCAAGAAACAGACACAUCUCAACAUCAACUGUUCAGAGGAGACUGCGUGAAUCAGGUCUUCGUGGUCGAAUUGCUGCAAAGAAACCACUACUAAAGGACACCAAUAAGAAUAAGAGACUUGCUUGGUCCAAGAAACACGAGCAAUGGAUAUUAGGCCGGUGGAAAUCUGUCCUUUGCUCAGAUCAGUACAAACAUGCGAUUUUUGGUUCCAACCGCUGUGUCUUUGUGAGAUGCAGAGUAGGUGAACGGAUGAUAUCCGCAUGUGUGGUUCCCACCGUGAAGCAUGGAGGAGGUGUGAUGGUGAGGAGGUGCUUUGCUGGUGCCACUGUCAGUGAUUUAUUUAGAAUUCAAGGUACACUUAACCAGCAUGGCUACCACAGCAUUGUGCAGCAUUGUGCGAUACACCAUCCCAUCUGGUUUGUGCUUAGUGGGACUAUCAUUUGUUUUUCAACAGGACAAUGACCCAAAACACACCUCCAGGCUGUGUAAGGGCUAUUUGACCAAGAAGGAGAGUGAUUGAGUGCUGCAUCAGAUGACCUGGUCUCCACAAUUACCCGACCUCAAACCAAUUGAGAUGGUUUGGGAUGAGUUGGACCGCAGAGUGAAGGAAAAGCAGCCAACAAGUGCUCAGCAUAUGUAGGAACUCUUUCAAUACUGUUGGAAAAGCAUUCCAGGUGAAGUGGGUUGAGAGAAUAACAAGAGUGUGCAAAGCUGUCCUCAAGGCAAAGGGUGGCUACUUUGAAGAAUAUAAAAUAUAAAAUAUGUAAAACAUUUUAUAACACAUUUUUGGUUACUACAUGAUUCCAUAUGUGUUAUUUCAUAGUUUUGAUGUCUUCACUAUUAUUCUACAAUGAAGAAAAUAUGAAAAAUAAAGAAAAACCUUUGACUGAGUAGGUGUGUCCAAACUUUUGACUGGUACUGUACAUAUACAGGUAUAUAAAUAUAUAUACAUACAGUACAGUAUAAAGUAUGUGGAAAGAUGUCAGUGGAAAAAAGAAGUGACCUUAGAAUUGUAAGUCUGCUAGUUGAAACACUUGUGUUAAGAUGGGCCAGCAACUUGCAUCACAGCCAGCUUACAGUGCAUAAAUAUCAGAAAGCAAAAUGCAUCCUACAUGUAUCAUAUUCCUAAUAUUAAACAGUGCCAUGAUGAAGUCUGAAGCUAUUUUAGCAUAUAGAGAUGGUUGAUCAUGUCAUUCGGGUCAGACAGAUAAACAGAGAUAUCCUGGUAAGGGUUGGAGGAAAGGAUCUCUAUCUGGAGUGAAGGACGUUUAAUGGUGCAGUAAUGUGCCCUAUUCUGCUUCUACUGCAUUCCUCCCAUGCAAGUUGUUGACCUAUCCUUUGUAUUUGGUCUGUCUCUCUUGACACACAAUCUGUUUGUAAGUUUGUCAGUUGAUUACUGUCAGUGUUUCCAGAUCUAACCUGUGGCCUUUGCGAAAGUCCAGCCCUUUUUAUUGCCUUUCAUUCAUCCUCCCUCCAUCACUAUCCACCCAUUUCUUCCUGUCUCUUUUUCCCCUCCCUCCCUCUGUUUCUCUCUCUCUCUUUGUCAUAUUGGCUCAAGAUGUAAUGUUGUGUCUGUACAGAAAGACAUGUUUCUUCAGAGCAGCCAAGAUGUUUGAUGGUAGGUGAAACGUGUAAACACAAAGCAAAUUAUCAAUCUCACGAAGCAAAAAUCAACAGCAGGUCUGAGGAAAAUAGUUCUAUUUUUUCUUGUUUUGAGAAAGGGAAAAUAAGGUGAAAAAGAUGCACUACAUAUUUUUUUAGACACAUGGGUAUUUUAUGAUUCAAAUAAUAUUUCAGCCAACAGGUUACAUUUUUAACAGGUAAUCAGGAAUGUUUAGCAUUUUUUAUGACAUUGGGGAACAAUUGUUGCAGAAAUAUUUUAUUUAGGCUAUUUAUUGCUUUUAAGAAUUGAUUUUGGAAAUGGUUGAUUUUGGUUGAUUUUGAAAAUAUAGGUAUUUUUGGAACAAUUGGCAUCAGAUGUGUUGAGAAAUACAAAACAGCCAAAUAAGGGGUGUCCAAUAUUUGAUAACAAAUGAAGCAUUUAUGGCUAAUAAUGAUGUGGAGAGAUUUAGCACAUUGGUCAAUGUACAUAUUUCUUAUUUCAAUUACUUAUAUCUUAAUAAUAAUAUUAACUGCUACUAUUUUGGGGAAAUACACAAACUGCUUGAACUAUGCAAAUAAAAAAGUAAAAAUCAUAUGCUUGCUUAGAAAAACCUUGCAAUAAAGUGAAUGUAUUCAAUAAAGUAUGUUUUACUCUUUAGAUGCUUUUGGAAUAUUCACUCCGUACUUUAUAAGAAAAAUGAUUAUCCUAAUCAUUGAUAUUAUUAGCGUUAUUUGUUUUGAUCAUGUUAUUGAUGUUGACUAGGCCUAUCACUGCCAAAAUAAUCACACUACUGAGAUUGAUUGCUCACCUUUUUGUCUGUUAUAUUAAUAGACCUUUACUUAAAAUAACAUAAUGACUCUGUUAUAUUAUAUCAUGUGUAUGUCUGGAUAAAUAAACCUGAUGAUAUCAUGUAGACUUUGAA